AUGUUGAGGAAGAAAAUUAUUUCUCUUUCUAUGCUUGUGAUGGUUUUAGGCAUGCUAGUAGCAACAUUAGAUGCACGCCAAAUUGAUGACGGAGUUGGCCCUGCUACACCAACUAGUUAUUGUUGUGCAGGAAUAACUGAUUUAAAUCAAAAGGCUAACACCACUCAGAUUCGGAGGGAUGUGUGCAAUUGUCUCAAACCGGCUGCAUCAAGAUUCGGAGUUAACCCAGAUAGAUCAAAACAACUACCAACUCUUUGCAACAUUACUCUCAAUGUUCCUUUUGAUCCAAGCGUCGAUUGCAACACGGUUCAAUGA